CCUUUAACUUUUCAAGCGGUCACUUUCUUCCCUUCUUCCUCUUUGUAGGGCAGCAAACCAAGCCCGUGUGAUAAGCGAAGGUCCUUCAACCCUCCGGAGAUCCCAAGAGCAAGCCAAAGAUUUCUGCCAGGAAGGGGAUCGGCAACUAGCCAAGGGCGACCUCCCAUUGGCCACUGCCUUCCAUGUCGCCGGAUUCCUACUCUGCGCCCCUAUGGCCGUCAACAAGAUGGCGGCGCUGGAGAAGGAGGCCCAGGCCAACGUGGUCACCGUCUUGGAGAGCUGGUGUCGAGGGGAAAGCCUCCCCAUCCCAAAGCUGGGGAACCAUCCCUCGAACCUGCCACCGCUCAACGUCGCAACAGCGGCUGCUUUCCUCCUGGCCUUCGACCCUCGCAACCUGACCGCCUCACUCUUCAAAAUGGCCGCUUUGCUGAAGGCGGGCCACGCGGAGAGGGUGGCCAGCCAGUGUGACACUCUGCUUGAGGUCCACCCUUGCGCGGAGCUGGUUCUCACCCGCGCUUUGGCCCUGGUGUUGUCCCCAACGCACUUCCAAGACGGGGUCGCCGAAUACCUCCGGGCCUUUGCUAGUAGUCGGAACGAGACGGUGACGUUCGUGAGCCGUAGACAGAGGAGAUACCUGGAGAAGAUUAUCCAGGCUUGUUUGGACUGCCUGUCGCUUCCAGACAACUGUCAGAAGGAGAUACUUAUCCAGAAAGAUCUUUGUUACGACUUCCUGGCUGCCAUAGCUCCCGAGGACCUCCGGGUCUGCCCCAUUCAGGCCCGGCGUCUUUUUGAACAACGUAUGUACGAGGAAUGUGUAUCCCUUUCCAGCAGGGCCUUAGAAGCCUUCUCCUCCAGUGGCUCGCCGAGUGGCCAAGAAACCUCAAGUCUUCUGAUGAACCGAGCUGCGGCUUUCUUUGCAAUCGGAGGCCACGUACCGGAGAUGUUGAAGGACCUCAAGGCCGCCUUUGAAGCUCACCCCAAGCUGGCCAAAAACUUCUUUGAAAGCCUCUUCUCUCCAGAAGAGGUUGAAAGAGUCGAGAAACACGCCCGGACAGUCCUGGAAGCGGAUUUUGCCGCUUACAAAGAAGCCAUCCAUGUGAGGAACGAAGUCCGGAGCAACGGCGGCCAGGAGUUGAUCCCUCCCAUUCUCCGUACACUCCAUUUUCUGGUCCAGAUCGCCCCGGGGUCUCUGCGAGAACUGAACGUCCGUCUCGCCGAUUGCUACCUCUUAGAAGGCAACAUUUCAGCCUCCUUGGAAGUUUGCGACCAUCUCUUGGCCUCUGCUGAAACCACGUACCGGAACACCCUUCUGGCCCAACGGGGCUUCUGCCACUUUCAUGCCAACCGCCAUCCAGAAGCCCUCCAAGACUUCCAAGCCAUCCUCGAAGACUUCACGCCGCAUCCGAGCAGCUGCGUGAAGGCCCUGUGCGGGCGAGGUCUGAUCCGAGCCUGGGCCGGCCAUCCGUAUCUCACCGCCUUGGAUUACCUGACCGCCUGCAGGCUCCGGUUCGAGGAAACCGGCUUUGCGAUCAAGGCCUACAUCCCUUGGAACCAGAGAGGGUUCCUCUUGGUCACCCUUCAGGAGCAAGUCCGGAAGACGCUGGAGACAAAGGAGACCGUCCGUUGCAGGUCCGAGGAGCGAUUGGAGAAAUCUGGGUGGCUGGACAGGCUCCAGAAGGACGGGGAUUCCUUUGGGAUCCACCCGCUGGCUUCUCUGCUCUUGGAACUGGACGGUUCGGAGGCCGUGUCGCGGCUGCUGUGCGCCGAUGCUUUGUACCAACUGGAUCGUCUGGAAGAGAGCCACCAGAUCCUUUGGGUGGCUCUCUCGAAGGACUCCUCUGAGAGAUCCCCUGUCCUGGCCAGGCUGGCUUUCCUUCAGCUGAAGAAAGGCAAUGUGGACGGUUGCAAUCAGUAUUUGAAGAAGAUGAUUGACACAGGCAACCUAUCCUGCCUCCAGGGCUUUGUGAAGGUUUUAAAAGAAGGCGACCGAGCCCUGUGGAAAAGCCACUGUCACACCAGGGCUGUGACACUCCUGAAAAAUAAACCAGGGGGUGCUUAUCUGAAGGAAGCCGUCGCCUACCUCUCCUUGGCCGUCACCGCAGCCGGGGAUAACAAGGCUGUCGAUUCCCUUCUGAUGCGCGCACGUUGUUACGGCCUCCUGGGGCAGAAGAAAACAGCCAUAUUUGAUUUCAAGGCCAUCUUAAAAGAAGAUCCCCAAAACACCCGGGCUCUUUGUGGGAAAGCUUUCAUUCACCUGGCCCUGGAGCAGAAGAAGGAGUCAACCCAAGAUCUGAUCUCAGCUCUCCGAGGGGAUCCAGCCGCCGCCGUGGCCGAAAUCGGCUCUCUAAAGCCGGACGCUCAAGUCCAGAUUCGCUCUUGGCUGCUGGAAGACUGCAGGGAUGCGUUGGCGGACCUGGGCGGUAGACAAGACCCGCUCGCUGCCGAGACCUUGGAGAGGCUCUCCAAAGUGGGAGAAUCGUUGGUGGAAAUGGACAACCAGGACAGUGAAGCGCACAUGUUUUGCGUUGACCUCCAAAUCGCAAGGGGUAGGAGAGAUGAGGAACGGAUCGCACGAUCCGGUCCGAGCCGGGAGCAUUUCACCCCGGGGAGAGCCCUUUCCCCCGUUAUAUUGAAGAGGAAGGAGGGAAGAAAAACUGUUUGGGUCCAAGUGAAAAGGGGAUUGGUCCAGCUGUCAAAUGUUAUCUCGUUUCUGUCUCGGUUUUGGCCCGCAGGAAGACCCAAGACCGCCCUGUCGUAUCUCCAGAGGACGUUUGGACAAAGCGAACCCAGCGACGCCGUCAACUCCCGCCUGGGAAUUCUACAAGCGGCGUUGGGCAAUUUGAAUGGAGUCCAUGUCUUGGCUACUUUAGCAGGAAAGGAAUACAAAGACUUGGAGCCCCUGAUGGGGUUUUUGGAUGCCAACCAACGGCUAAACCUUGCUCAGGUAGCCGCCAGAGAAGCGAAGGCAAUGACGAAAGACCAGUGCCCUCUCGGAGCCGUGAAAUACCUCACCUUGGCCGUCUUGGCAAGCCACAAUAACCCACAAUACCUCCGCCAGCGUGUUGCUUGCUGGACCCAGCUGGGAAAUUACCAAAGUGCUCUGACCGACAUCCAGAAAGUGGUCCAGAACCACGGCACCAAUAGUUUGAAAACUCAAGUCGGUGACUUCUGCUGCUGGGCUUUCCUGCUCUUAUCGUCUUCCGACGAAGAGCUGGCCGUCAAGCAAUUUAUUCAUGCCCUACAGCUUGAAAAAUCCUUGGCCCUUAGCCACAUCCUUGCUGACCAAAGGAGGGAGGAGGUGUCCAAGGCCUUCCUACGGACCGCCCGAACUUAUUUGGCAGCCGGCCGUUACGAAGACGCCUGGAGCACCGCGAAAUUCGGCCUCCUGGUUGACCAGAGCCAUCCCGAGCUUCAAAAACUAAAAGGCAGAAUUAAACGGCAGGCGUUUGGUUGCAAAAUUCAAUAACCCGGGGUGAAAUGCUCCCGAUUCGGACCGGAUCGGCUGAUCCGGUAGCGAUGGCGGCGGGUGGUUCGGAGAACCGGUAGCAGAAAUCCCAGCCCCCCCUCAUGCCCAGCUGCGCCACACGAUCGUCAGAGCCUUUUUUUAAAAAAAAAACUUUUAAAAGCAUUUUUUUAAAAAUCUCUUUGGCCGAAGAGCUUGUAAAAAAAAAAAUGCUUUUAAAGGGUUAAAACAAAGCUCUGGCGAUCCCAACUGAGGUGCCUGAUCAUCGGAGGGUUUUUCUUUUUUUACUUUUAAAAGCAUUUUUUAAAAGGUGAAGAAGCUGGAGCCUGCUAGGCAAAAAAUAGGGGGG